AUGGUGUCUAUUAUAAUUUUAAUAGCGAUGCAAAGAAAGAACUCAUCUGCCAGAAUUUCUUUAUCAACAAGGAAAGCAGAAGAUAGUUCUCGAGCUAAUAACAGUGACCGCCAUCUCCCUUCAUUGCAUUCCCCAAGAACUGAUCCUUUCCUCAAUAUGAAAAUUUCUGAUAAAAAAACUCCUUCCCUAAGACCUAUAUGCUUACUCUAUUUUCUAACAAAAAUAUUUUUUUUAAAAAAAUUUAAUUAAUUUAUUUUACUUAUAUUUUUUAUUAAAAAAAUGUUAGUAAAGCAUAAAUUGAUAAACUCUGCCAGUACAUCCAAACUCAAACUUCCUAGCAAGUAUAGAAGGAUUGUUUUGGAGCCCUCAUCCUUACAAGUGAUCCCAGAACGUACUCCAAAAUUAAGUGAAAGUUCAGCUAAUCAUGCUUAUCUUCCAUUUUCAUCUCAUAUUCUAAAUAGAAGAUUUUCCAAUCCAGCUAUCCACGCUGAGUCCAAGGAGGCUUUAAAAUUCGAAGAUUUAAUUACGAAAGAGUCCGUGCAAUCAAAAUACCCAAAAUUCCCUCUUCCCAGAAUUCUCAGCCAGUCCAAUUUCCUAUUAUCACCAAAAACCAAUAAUAAAGAAUUGAAGAUCAAUAUCAAACAGUUAAAUAUCCCAGAGAACUUUAUGUUUUCUCACCGCUCAGCGCCGAAUACACACAAGAGGCCUUCAAUUGUAUCAAAACCUAUCCACUUCAAUAUAAAUAAACAAAACCCAGCAGAGAUGUCUUUCGGUGACAUUGACCAAGACUCUGCAGAUCUAUUUUAA